UUCUGUCGAUAUUGUAAAUAUUUUGGACCAUAAGUUAUGAAGGUUAAAAUUUAUUUGUUAGUUUGUAAUUAUUAACAAUGUGUGAUGUUGAUUGGACACACGUAGCAAAUUUGUUACGUCCAGUGAGUAAAGAUAUUCAAAAUGGAACUGGCAAACUUUGUUUAUCUUCCAAUUAUCUCUGCAAACUUAAUUCUGCCUUUGAGGAUAUUAUAUCAGAGGAUCUGAAUUCUUUUAAUUUGGUACAACCGAAUAGCAGUAAAGCAAGUCCCAUCAGAGAUAUUCAAUUUUUAUGGACGCUGGUAAAAAGUGCACUCGCGUUGAAAAUAAUUCCAGAUGUGUUAACGUCUAGUGUCAGUGAAGUUAAUUUAAUUCGUUUUAAAAAUAUCAAAGCACUGGAUAUCCAGAAAAUUGACAUCAAGAGUGUCAUAGGAUUACAAAGGCUUAGAUCACAAUUAAGACAGUUGAUAUGUUCGCACUGUUUGGAAAUGUUAGAAGAUGUUCUUGGAAAAUGUGGAGGUGACAAUAGUCACGGUAAUCUCUGGAGUGAAUUAAAAAAGGCUGCUUUUCCCUAUAAUUCCAUUACUAAAUUGGACAGCACUUUGGAUUUGACUCCGUGGUUAGAUACUUUAGAUUUAAGUCACAACCAGAUUAAAAAUAUUGAACUGAUUAGCAAUUUACCUAAUUUGAAGUAUUUAAAUAUAUCUUACAAUCAACUAGAAAAGGUGCCGAUGUUUAAAGGUCAGAUAUGUUCAAGACUACAGGUAUUGAUUCUCAACAACAAUUUUAUUGAAGAUUUAACCGGUUUAAUGACGUUGACGAAUAUUAUUCAAAUGGAUUUUUCCCAUAAUUGUCUUAUAGACCAUGGCGUUUUUUUAAGCUUGUCUCAUCUAUCCUCUCUACAGUGGUUAAAUCUGCAGGAAAAUCCAAUUUAUGUCCACCCUAAUCACAGAAAAUUAACAUGCAAUUAUUUACACAAAAACGCAGUAACUACAAAAUUUAUUCUGAACUGUAUUCAGCUAAACAAACUAGAAAGGAAACUCGCAGGUUCUUUGUAUCCCGCAUCACAGGGCUCUCUUAUCGCUAAUGCUUCAUCUCUCGGUUCACUUACAAAUUCUUUGAAUGAGAGACAAAAAAGGAUUCGGAAUGUGAAAAUAGAAGAGGAGAAUGGGAAUAUUAAAAGGCAAGUUAAAGCCUCCCCCGUAUCAUCUUCGACUCAUUUGCAUAUUAAAAAGCAAGUGGAACAACUUAGGCAAGAAUAUGGAGAAUCUUGGUUAUAUCGAGACUCUGGUUUAUUAGUGCAGGAUGUUUUAGGCUUAGAAAAGUCAACAGUGUUAUCCUCUACACCUUCUGAUAUUGGUUUAGAUUCAUUAUGUCUUCAAAAAAAUAUUGUAUCUAGUUUUGAUAAUGAUAGUGGUGCAUUCGUUACUGCCCCAGAAGAAACACUGAAAGAAGAAGAAAAAGAGUUCGAAACAGCCAAAGAAUAUUCUGAUGUUUUCUCUAACAAACAGUACGAAUCAGAAGAAUCUGAUGUUUCUGACGGUGAAGAUGUUUAUCUGGGUGGCGAAAGCGGUAUAUUUUUUGCAUCCACUCAAGAAGACCUUGGCGAUUUCGACAUUAUGAUAGUAGUUACUGAUUCCCACAUUUCCGAAAGGGACAUAAAUACAAGCAAAGAAAAAGCCAGAUGGCAUUUGAACACAAUUAUUAAUUGUGAAAAAUCAGAAAAAGCUUAUGGGGUAAAAAUCAAUUUUGAUACUGUCAGAAGAGAUCGGAAGGCAAGACUUUACUUUUUAGAAGAAGCCGAGAAAUUUAUCCAAACAUUAAACGAGAAGAUUCCGAAAAGUAGAGAUCCCAACAGUCUGCUCAGUUUCCAAUGUAUGAAAUGCUCUGAAAUAUUUUCUAAACCAAAACUUGAAACAUAUACUGCUGAAACAUCCAUUAUAUGCCCUAUGUGUAAUAGUAAUCUGGUAAUACAAAGUGUGUAGUUUAAUUAAUUAUUUGGGUCAAUAUUGCUUUGUAUAAAAUGUAAAACUUAUCAUUCAAGUUCAAGGAGUGUUUAAAAUAUUUUCAAAUAUAUGUAUUUUUUGUCAUUCGUGCUAAGGUCAAAUAUGUGCAAAAUUUUUUCAUGUUGAGUGGAUUUUUUCAAACUAAAUUUGAGGUUAAGAAACAAAUUUUCAAGCCUGUUCCAACUAAUUUUGUAGUGUUUUUGUUGUUGACUGAUUUAAUUGACUUUUGAUAUAGUAUUGUUCUGUUCAAUA